UGUCCAUCAGUGCCAGCUGUCAGUGCCUAUCAAUGCCACCUGCCAGUGCCCAUCAGUGCCACGUACCAGUGCCAGUCAGUGCCACCUAUCAUGCCAGUCAGUGCUACCCAUCAGUGCUGCCAAUCAGUGCCAGUCAGUGCUGCCUAUAAGUACCCGUCAGUGCCGCCUAACAGUGCCAGUCAUCAGUGUCAUCUAACAGUGCCACCUAUCAGUGCCAGUCAGUGCCGUCUAUUAUUGCCAUAUAUGAGUGUUGCCUUUCAGUGCCCAUCAGUGAUG